GCAGCAUCGCAGUGGACUGUGGGGGACGCUUGCAUUGCCCACUCCUGGUUCAAUGUUUCUAGGGGAAUUUGCACGAUAAUUUUCUUUGAUGCUGAGAAGAGACUUUCCCAACAAUGAGUUACUGGAACUCGGAUAAGAGAAGCUGUCUGCAAUACUGCAGGCAUUUUUUGGUGGACAAUGGUGUUUUUCAUGUUGAAAGAUGCAUGAGUGUAAUGCAGUCUGGGACUCAGAUGGUUAAACUGAAGAAUGGAGCCAAAGGUCUUGUGCGUCUUUUUUACCUUGAUGAGCACAGGACUUGCAUCAGAUGGAGGCCAUCCAGGAAAAGCGAAAAGGCAAAAAUCAUCAUUGAUUCUAUCUACAAAGUCACCGAAGGGCGGCAAUCGGAAAUAUUCCAUCGCCAUGCGGAGGGCAACUUUGAUCCGAGCUGUUGCUUUACCAUUUACCACGGCAGCCAUAUGGAGUCGCUGGACCUGAUCACGUCUAACCCAGAGGAAGCUCGCACCUGGAUCACAGGGCUGAAAUACUUGAUGGCUGGGAUAAGUGAUGAGGACUCACUUGCGAAAAGACAGAGAACACAUGAUCAUUGGGUGAAGCAGACCUUUCAGGAAGCAGACAAGAACGGCGACGGCUUGCUGAAUAUUGAAGAGAUCCACCAGUUGAUGCACAAACUGAAUGUCAACCUGCCCCGGAGGAAAGUAAGACAAAUGUUUCAGGAGGCUGACACAGAUGAGAACCAGGGAACCUUAACCUUUGAGGAGUUUUCUGUAUUUUACAAGAUGAUGUCAUUAAGGCGUGACCUCUACUUGCUCCUUUUAAGCUACAGUGACAAGAAAGACCACCUCACCGUUGAGGAAUUUUCUCAGUUUCUGAAGGUAGAACAAAAGAUGAAUAAUGUGACGACAGAGUAUUGUCUGGACAUCAUAAGGAAGUUUGAAGUUUCAGAAGAAAACAAGACCCAUAAUGUUCUGGGCAUAGAAGGCUUUACGAACUUCAUGCGCAGUCCUGCCUGUGAUGUGUUCAACCCACUACACAGCGAGGUUCACCAGGAUAUGGAUCAACCCCUCUGCAAUUACUACAUUUCUUCUUCUCAUAACACGUACCUAACUGGAGACCAGCUUCUCUCUCAAUCCAAAGUUGAUAUGUACGCCCGAGUUCUGCAGGAUGGAUGCCGGUGUCUUGAAGUUGACUGCUGGGAUGGUCCAGAUGGGGAGCCUGUUGUGCAUCAUGGUUAUACUCUUACCUCCAAAAUACUCUUUAAAGAUGUAGUGGAAGCAAUCAAUAAAAAUGCCUUUACUAAAAAUGAGUUUCCAAUUAUAUUGUCUAUUGAAAAUCACUGUAGUAUUCAACAGCAAAAAAAAAUUGCUCAAUACCUCAAGGAGAUUUUCAGUGACAGGCUGGACUUGAGUUCCGUGAGCUCUGGGGAUUCCAACCAGCUUCCAAGUCCUCAGAGUUUGAAAGGCAAAGUCCUCGUGAAGGGUAAAAAGCUUCCCUAUAGUCUUGGUGCAGAUGCUGAAGAAGGCGAGGUUUCUGAUGAAGACAGCGCUGAUGAAAUUGAAGAUGAUUGCAAGCUAAAGCUCUCUUAUAGUAAUGGCACAACUGAGCACCAGAUAGAGUCCUUUAUAAGGAAGAAACUUGAAUCCUUGUUAAAAGAGUCUCAGAUCAGGGACAAAGAAGACCCCGACUGCUUCACUGUGAGGGCACUUCUAAAAGCAACACAUGAGGGCUUAAAUGUAAACUUCAAACAGAACACAGACCUGAAAGAUACCAGCAAGAAAUCCCACAGCAGACUAAUGAGCAACUUUGGUAAACAUAAGAAGGCAGCUAAACCAAGGGCCAAAUCUCACAGUACAUCUGAUGAUGAAGACUCUCAACAGAAUUGCUCUGCAAAGGAGUCUGGACAGUUAUACAGCAGGUUGGGUCGGCGGAGAAAAACGAUGAAGCUGUGCCGCGACCUUUCUGAUUUAGUGGUGUACACAAAUUCUGUGGCAGCUCAAGACAUAGUUGAUGAUGGAUCUGUGGGGAAUGUGUUAUCCUUCAGUGAGACAAGAGCGCACCAGGUGGUGCAGCAGAAGCCUGAGCAGUUUAUGCUUUAUAACCAGAAGCAGCUCACCAGAAUCUAUCCAUCUGCAUACCGGAUUGACUCAAGCAACUUCAACCCUUUACCAUACUGGAAUGUUGGCUGCCAGUUGGUGGCGUUAAACUACCAGUCUGACGGGCGCGUGAUGCAAUUGAAUCAAGCAAAGUUCAGGAUGAAUGGCAACUGUGGAUACAUCCUAAAACCUCAGCAGAUGUGCAAAGGCACCUUCAGCCCCUGUUCUGCGGAUCCACUUCCUGCUCUCCCUAAGAAGCAACUUAUACUCAAAAUCAUCAGUGGCCAGCAGCUGCCAAAACCUCCAGAUUCCAUGUUAGGAGACAGAGGAGAGAUCAUCGAUCCAUUUGUUGAGGUGGAAAUUAUCGGCUUACCAGCUGACUGCUGCAAGGACCAGACUAGAGUGGUCGAUGACAAUGGGUUUAAUCCUGUUUGGGAAGAAACUCUUACUUUCACCAUCCACAUGCCUGAAAUAGCAUUGGUUCGGUUUCUUGUUUGGGAUCACGAUCCUAUUGGCCGAGAUUUUGUUGGACAAAGAACUGUGGCCUUCAGCAGCCUUAUGCCAGGCUACCGUCACGUUUAUUUGGAGGGCCUGACUGAAGCCUCUAUAUUUGUUCAUGUAACAAUCAAUGAAAUCUAUGGAAAGUGGAGUCCCUUAAUCCUCAACCCCAGUUAUACUAUCAUGCACUUUCUAGGAGCCACAAAGAGCAAGCAGCUGAUAGGACUCCGAGGGCUUUUUAACAAGAACCCCAAACAUAACACUGUGGAAAACAGUGGUCAUUAUGUUCGGAAGAGGUCAAUUGGGGAACGAAUUCUCCGGCGCACAGCCAGUGCUCCGGCAAAGGGCAGGAAGAAGAGCAAGAUGGGCUUCCAGGAAGCCGCAGAGCUUAAGGAGAGUACAUUGGAGGCCACAGACCUGAAAGACAAGGAAAGUGUUCUAAGACGGACAAGCAGGAGUUUGCAAGCACGUCCAAUCUCCAUGCCAGUUGACAAAUAUCUCUUGGUAGGCUUGCCGGCGUCACAUCAGGAUGCCACCAGAGUUUCUGGUGCUACCAAAAAUGAAAAUACGCCUGCAGAAAGUAACCAUGAUACAAGUGAGGACCAAGAGAAUUCGGAAGAACUGGUCUCCUCUGGUGAGAAAGAUUCAUCUUUUACACAGUUUGCAUAUUCAUUUAAAAGUGAUGUUCCCAAAACUGGCAAUUAUGCAACUUUACCUGCAUAUGAAAAACCAGAAGGCCUAGACUUUACAGUUGGGAUAGCUGAAACCUAUUUCUCCACAGAGUAUUGGAAAAGUAAUCUUUCCAGUGCGUCUGUUCAUCUAAAGGAGGAAUUUGAAAGAGAAAAGAAUGAAGGCAUAUAUUGUAUGGGUCAAAAGACCCUGGUGGACACUACAUCAUGCAAAGAAGACAGAAAAACAGUAGCACUGAUUUCUCUUGCUCAAGGAGAUCAAGAAACUAAUAUAAAAUCUCACCCAGUUGUAAACAGCACUAUAACUAAUUUAUCAUUAGCUGACACCUCUUCUCCAACCUGUUAUGAUGUCCAUGACUUUCAUUCCACACCAGCUAUACAAGAUAGUGACAUUUCUCACCUUAUUAAUGAGGUCUCUUUAACUGAUGAGAGUGAUAUGAGUAGUUCUGUGUCAGCAUUGAUAGAACAGGUUGAUGUCAAAAAUGAUCAAUCUAAUUUGACUGUUUCAAGUCCUCCUGGAAUUAGCAAACUGUUUAUUAAUAUGAAGUCUACACAUCCACCACCUAUAUUGCCAUAUGAUCAGAAUAAAACGUUUGACCACCAGUCACUUAGAAUAACACCAAUUGGACCUGCAUCAAAUUCAACACCAGAGAUUACUAUGAGAUCAACCCCUGAGACAACAGAAUGUUCUCAGUACACAAUUAUCCAUGAGGCGCCUCUUUCUCCAUCCUCUUGCCAUGAAUCAAUGGGCAAGCUUGUUUGCAAGGACCCAAGCCAUGGUGCAGAAGACAGGUGUAUCAUGUCAUCUGCCACUAUGCUGAAAGGAAACCCCAAAAGGAAGUGUGGAACAAACUGGGAAUCUCUCAGCAUUAGCAACUCUUGCAUUUCUGACAGCUCAGACUUGGAGCAUACAAUAGUUGUCCCUUUCACUUGUGCAAAUUCUACAGGCAGCAGCCUAAUGGAAGUUGACGGAGAGUUGCAAGACCUUUUGAUCACUGCCUAUGAAUAUAAGAGAGAAGAUAUGAGCCAACUUGCUUCUCCUUUGAAACUUAAGCAUAACCAGGACACCCUGUACUAUAACAAAACAGUCUGUGAACAUCUAAACAGUGUGGACCUCCAUAGUGCCAACCUAGUUGAGGAUUUGAAGUUUAGGAGUGAGGAGAAUCAAUAUCUUCCUUACACAGAACAUCAAAGUGCUGAUUCUUUGUACAAUAAUUACUUGCAAAUUUCAGACACACAAAAUGAAUGGCUAAACAUCGCUCAGACAGCCAACGUGGACUCCCCUCCUUUGCCCAAAAAUGCCCUGCUGUCUCCUUCUCUCACAGCUCAGAAACAACCAAGCCCUUGUAAAUCCAAAAGUCUUGGAGACUUAACCUCAGAAGAUAUCUCUUGCAAUUUUGAAAGCAAGUACAAGUACAUUAGUAGAGGUUUUAUUACAUCUGGCAUGAGAGACAAGAUGGUGGCUACUCUAAAGGCUAAGAAACCGCAGGUUACAGAUUCUCUGACAGAACAGCUGCGAAAGCUUGUGUCUUUUGAUCAAGAGGAUGGUGGUCAGUCGCUUUGUUCCAAGCAGAAUGACGAUUGCCCUAAAAUGUUGGUCAGAAAACUAUCAUCCAGGAGUCAAAGCCGAGUGCGAAACAUUGCAAGUCGUGCCAAAGAGCGACAGGAAGCCAACAAGCAAAAACUUUCGAAUGCUAGCACUAAUGUAACUGGAGUAGUCCUUAGAAAUAAGCCCCCCGUACCUCCUCACAUUAUCAACAGACAUUCCACCGGCUCUUACAUCGCGAGCUAUCUGGAUAACUUCAGUGCAGAUGAUCUAGAAGGCCGCGGCGUCCCAGAAGGGUCAUGUACAUCUUUACGCUUUGGGUACAGUGACCAGUUUUAUACUGAUGACUCUCUCUUGGAGACCAAGCCAAGCGAAGAUGAUAAGCCAGAAAUUUAUUUUCUCUUGAGACUGUAAAUUGUAUACAUGUACAUCUUCACUGUUUACAAGCUUUCUCACUGAAUGAAGGAUUAUCAGUAAGCAACGUAGCCAUUAGCAUUUAAAUUACUCAGAAAUGUAUCUUUUGCUACUGUUUGAGUCUUGUCAUGAAUUAAUGUGUCCUUUUUGAACAAAGUUUAUGUAAAAAGAUUACUUAAAACUUUAUCUAUCUU